GAUAGGUAGGGAUUGAACGGUGACGAUGGAAUUAAGAGGGGCAAGUAGUUCCACCAGCAUGUCGAAAUCAGAGCACUAGGGUUUCGGUUCUCCCUGCAAUUGGCCCCUUCAAAUGCACCAGCUUGGAAGAUGGUUCCAGAGUCAGUGAUAAGGCAAGGUUGGGAUUCAGAUAGUUCAGGCGAGGGAAUGUACGAUUGGGUAUUGAAAUGUCACGGGUUCUGGCACAAUGCCACUUUGAUCAUCCCCUCCUUCCUUUUCGUCUUCUACCUCGCACUGCAAGCCAGGCACACCUUUCUCAAACUCUCCCUUGCCCGCAGCUCCCGCAUCAUCAUUUCGUAUAACGCUGCACUCUGCUUCGUCACCAUGCUCAAUCUCGCCUGGUGCCUUUUCCAGGCAUGGGAGUGCACGUCAGGGAGAGAACUGGAAUGGAACUUGUUGUCCUUGUUUACUAGUUCCGGAAUGCUGUUUUUGGAAGUGAGCUUGCUGGCUUUUUUACUUCAAGGAAAUAAUGCAGGUGGUUUGGAAGCAAUGAGACGAACUUUUGGCAUCUCAACGCUCCUUGUUGGUUUGGAUAUACUGUUGAAGGCUAUGUAUCUAUUUGUAUUUGGGAUCCCAUUAUUCGUCGACACCAAUGAACAUACCCACCAUGUGAAGUGGAACUUGUGGGUUGUCCACAGGCUGUUGCUCACUGCUGUUUAUGGCUUCAUAAUGUUAAUGUACCAUUCCGGAUGGAGAGAAACGUUGCCUGCAAAAUUUGCAUUUUAUAAGUAUGUUGCUAUUAUGUUCAUUUUGAAUGCGAUUGCGACGCUUGCUUGUGGCCUUACUGGAAAUGGUGCUGCUUUUGGUUUCUGGUUGUAUCGUGUCACAGUUGUCUUUUACCAUGCAUUUUAUCUUCCCUUGUUGUAUAUAACAUUCCUGGCAGACUUUUUUCAGGAGGAAAAUUUUCAUUUGGAAAGUGUGUAUUAUUCCGAGAUGAAAGAUGCGGGUUUCUUCGAUACUGAUUGGGAAUGAUCUAUCAGCUGUAAAAUAAACACUGGCUCAAUGUACUCGUCGCAGGGCAUCGGAUCAAGACAUAUUAUGUAAAUUUAGUAAUUGCGACAGCAGAUCGCAUUAAUAUAUAUAAACUGAUGCUUAUCUGUAAGCAUCUCAUAUGUUCUGUUAUUUAAUACUUAAUAGACACGGAGUUCUCAUCUACUUGGUAA